AUGGCAAAUUGGGUUAUAUUGUGGAUAAGCCAGUUGAAAAUACCGACGUUCUCGGCUGAACGCAAAAUAAAACAAUCCCUGUGGAUGGAAAUGCCACCAUUUAUUGGAUCGGCUUUCAAACACUACAGCACUAUGGCUGCAGGCUGCAGGUAUCUUUAUUUGCCGGUCAGCAGUUCUGGUGUUGCUAUCGCGAAUGACAGGGAUUCUCGUGUUCUCUGGCAGAGAGGACUACCGGUCAUCUUGCUGCUUUGUAGACAGUGCCCGAUGGCGGCUUCGAGAGUAGCUACUUGUCAGGCCCAAACGAGCUAA